AUGAGGACGCUACUGACCAUCCUGGCCGCGGGAUCCCUGGCCGCUCACGUGGCUGAGGACACCUCGGAUCUUCUUCAACACGUAAAAUUCCAGUCCAGCAACUUCGAAAACAUCCUGACGUGGGACAGCAGGCCGGAGAGCGCCCCAGACACGGUCUACAGUGUUGAGUAUAAAAAGUACGGAGAGAGAGAGUGGCUGGCAAAGGAGGGCUGCCAACGGAUCACCCGGAAAUCCUGCAACCUGACCUUGGAGACGGGCAACCCCAUGGAGCACUACUAUGCCCGCGUAACUGCUAUCAGCGCUGGAGGCCCGUCGGCCACCAAGAUGACCGACCGGUUCAGCUCCCUGUAUCACACUACCAUCAAACCACCCAAUGUGACCUGUAUCCCCAAGGUGAGAUCCAUCCAGAUGAUUGUCCAUCCCACCACCACGCCUAUCCACACAGGGGAUGGUCACCGGCUAACCCUGGAGGACGUCUUCCCCGACCUGUCCUACCACUUAGAGCUCCAGGUCAACCACACCUACCAGAUGCACCUUGGAGGCAAGCAGAGGGAAUACGAGUUCAUUGGCCUGACCCCCGACACAGAGUUCCUUGGAGCCAUCAGGAUUUUUGUUCCAGCCUUGGUCAGAGAGAGCGACCCCUACAUGUGCCGAGUGAAGACCUUGCCAGAUCGGACGUGGACAUACUCCUUCUCGGGCGCCUUCCUGUUCUCCAUGGGCUUCCUCGUCGCAGGGCUCUGCUACCUGAGCUACAGAUAUGUCACCAAGCCACCUCCGCCUCCCAACUCCCUGAACGUCCAGCGAGUCCUGACCUUCCAGCCUCUGCGGUUCAUCCAGGAGCACGUGCUGAUCCCUGUCUUUGACCUGAGCAGCCCCAACAGUCUGGCCCAGCCCGUCCAGUACUCUCAAGUCAAGGUCUCCGGGCCCAGGGAGCCCCCGGGAGCCCCACCACUGCACAGCCUGUCUGAGACCACCUACCUCGGGCAGCCAGACAUUUCCGUCCUCCGGCCCUCUGGAGUGCCGCCUCACCAGGCACUCUCUCCACUGUCCUGUGUGCCCCAGGCUUCCCCGGAAGUUAGGCCCCCACCCUAUGCACCUCAAGUAACCCCCGAAGCUAAACCUCCAUCAUACAUGGCACAGGCCAUCUCUGAGGUCCAGCCCCCCUCCUACACUCCUCAGACUACUCCAGACAGCUGGCCUUCUUCCUAUGGGAUGUGUGUAGAAGGUUCUGGCAAAGACUCCCCACCUGUGACACUCUCUAGUCCCAAACACCUCAGGCCUAAAUGUCAGCUUCAGAAAGAGGCACCAGCUGGAAGGUAUAUCCCCGAUGGCCUUUCUCUGCAAGGGAUGACCUCCUUGGAUAUGGGGGACCCCCAGGAAGCAAAUUCCUUCCACCAGCAUCUGGGAGUUCACACGGACAGAGUACCUGACCCCAGUGUGCUACACAGAGGGGAACUAGGGACACCGUCGUACCUGAAGGGCCAGCUCCCCCUCCUCUCCUCUGUCCAGAUCGAGGGCCACCCUGUAUCCCUCCCUUUGAACACUCCUUCCCUCCCCUGUUCCCCCACAGACCAGGAACCAAGUCCCUGGGGCCUGCUGGAGUCCCUCGUGUGUCCCAAGGACGAGGAGCCUGUAUCUGAGACUGAGGCCCAGAGCCCGGCCCCUCAGGCAUCAGACCUGAAGCAGCCCACAGAACUGGACUCUCUCUUCAGAGACCUGGCCCUGACCGUGCAGUGGGAGGCCUGA